AUGCGCGUGAUGUCUGGCCCAGCUCUGGCCCUCGCGGUAUCCCGAGCAGGUGGACUGGGAUUCAUUGGCCCCGGAGCCAAGACCCAAGACACCGAGGUCGAUCUUGAACAAGCAUCGAAGCUAGUGAAGCAGACCCGGGGUUCCUCGUCCGUCUUCGACAAGUUAUCGCCAACCAAUUCUGUCUUGCCUGUCGGUAUUGGCUAUCAGCUGUGGGGAGACGACAUUGACAUCGCUGUCGCUGCCAUCGGACGUUACAAGCCUUGUGCAGCCUGGCUGUACGCUCCCAAGCAAAGCCUGAAGGAAUUCGACGACUGGUCUCGCCGAAUCAGACAGGCAUCCCCGGAUACGCAAAUCUGGAUUCAAAUCGGCACUUUGAAGGAGGCGAAACAGCUCCUCACAAACUCCGAGAAACCCGACGUGGUUGUCAUCCAGGGUGCGGAAUCUGGUGGCCACGGACGGGCCACGGACGGGAUGGGCCUCAUGGCUUUGUUCCCAGAGAUUGCAGAUGCCAUGGAAGGUAGUCAGAUCCCUUUGCUCGCAGCAGGUGGCAUUGCCGAUGGACGAGGUGUUGCAGCGGCGCUGUGUCUCGGUGCUUCGGGUGUGGUUAUGGGGACUCGAUUCCUGGCUGCGAGCGAGGCACGAAUUAGCAGGGGAUAUCAGAACGAGGUUGUACGAGCCUCUGAUGGGGCUGCCAACACGACACGGACACUGCUGUAUAACCAUCUUCGAGGCACGUUUGGGUGGCCAGCCGAGUACAGCCCCAGGACGAUCAUCAACAAGUCGUUCAUUGAGCACGAAGCAGGCACCGCAUUUGAUGAUCUCAAAGUACUCCAUGACGAGGCUGUGAAGAAGGGUGAUAGCGCCUGGGGACUCGAGGGACGUGUUGCAACGUAUGCCGGGGCCUCUAUCGGACUGAUUCACGGCGUCGCAGAUGCUGGGGAUAUUGUUCAAGGGCUGCAAAAGGAUGCCCUCAAGCGGAUACAAUCAGCUGGUUCCAGCUAG